AUGCGCGUCGACCACGCUGCGUCGUGGCCGUACGCGCUCCUCUAUGCGUACGUGUACCCGCUGCUCGUGUGGUUCUUUGCGUGGUCUGUCGAAGGCGACGAGCAUUUGCCCGCAGACCCGACGCGCCGCAUGCUCUUUGUGGGCUACCACUCGGACCACAACUGGGACAUCAUGAUGAUGAGCAUGGCGAUCAAGGACGCGAUUGGCGAAGCGCCCAUUGGGCUCUUGCACCGAACGAUCAUGAUGUUCCACCCGUGGCUGCGCCGCAUGGGCUGCAUUCCUGGGACCACGGCCAACGCUCUCGCCGCGUACGAGCAGGGCCACCGCGCGUGCAUUGUCCUGCCAGGUGGCGCCGAAGAGGCUGUCGCUGGCUUUGAAAAUGCGUACAAGGUCGACUGGAAGUCGACGUCGGGGCGACCGCGGACCGGGUUUGCCAAGCUCGCCAUCGCUGCCAACGCCGUGGUCGUGCCCAUUGUCAUCCAGAACCAGCAAGAAAUGUGCUUCAACCCGAUCUUCUUCCUCUGCAACAUCACGCGCCUCUCGCAUGCGUACAACUACCUCAUGCGCCUGCCGUACGGCAUUGGCUGGACCUUCUGGCAGAUCAAGGGCGUGCUCUGGCUGACGCUCAACUGCGGCACGAGCAUUCCGCUGCCGGUGCGGACCACGCUGCGCUUUGGGCCAGCGCUCAAGCCGCGGAAGCAUGAGUCGGCAGUUGCUUUUGCCAAGCGCGUUGAACGCAAAUACGCCCAGCUUCUCGCGCGCGCCAACCCGGGCGGCCUCGACUAUGCACGAGCUCUCGGCGAUCGGUUCCGCCGGCGUCGCGGCGCGUCGAGACAGUCGAGAUAG